AUGGCUACGUCGCGUCCCUCGCUAGCGCCUGCACCGACAUCCUAUCAACAGCCUACUAUGGCACGCACGUCUGCCCGGCUUCGAUUUGUCUCGUUGCAAUUCAUUGUCUGCACCACGCAUUCAGUCGAUUCUCUGCCUGCAACACGCGAGGCUUGUCACUACGUUUGCGUGGGCUCGGAACCAAUUAACGCAACUCCUAUCGCUGAUUGGUAAGACACGCGGGAACAGUCCAGAACAAUAGAGUAAACAAUCUGCAACGACACUUCUGCCGCGGCGACCUUCGGCGCCACAGGGCUCGUUGCUCUCGCGGACGCAGCCUCCGCGGCGCCGGACGCACCCACGUCCGGUUGCCAACUUUCCUUUUCAUUAUUAUGUACAGAAUAAAGUGUCCUAAGCAAAUGGCGUCCUGCUUCUAAAAACUUGGGAUAUGGCCUGAAAAUGUGGCGUACCGAGCGUACAACAUCACCGCUUAGCCGUUACAAGUCUCCUGCCAAACAACAUCAAGGCACUUUUUGAGGUCCCCUCCGGUUUUUCUCCUGUUCCACAAGACCUGGCAAUCGAAACCAUGGAAUUACUCUUAAGGGGCAAAUUCGAAGAAACGAAAAGCCACCUUGGACACACCCAAAUCCUUCAGCUCCUGAAGUUCUGUCUCGAGACGUACGUUACUUUUGAUGGAAUAAUCUACGAGCAAGUAAACAGCAAGCCAGUGGGUUCACCGAUUUUGGGACACGUAGCUGAUUCCGUCCUGCAACGGUUGGAUUCGCUGGUCUUCCGACACCACAGACAUAAAUUCUGGGCUCGGUAUGAUAUGUACCUCCGUCGUCAUCGAACGGGACCAGGUGGUGGAAUUUAAAGGACAUCUCAACGCCAUCUUCCCGGACAUUCAAUUCAAGGAGGAAGAGGAAAUAGGCAGCUAGCCUUCCUCGACGUCCGCAUCUGUCACAAAGAUUGUAGUGGUCUAAAAACGGAAGUAUGCAGGAAAGCGACUAAUACGACGCAAGUACUGAGCUUCAAUAGCAACCACCCAAUCAGCCACAAACGUAGUUGUGUAAGGGCGCAAUAGCGGCAUGUCGAGACGCAUUACAAUGAAACGGAAGACAAGUUAGCUGAACAACAAUAUAUUUGACGGGUGCUCAGAACAAAUGGGUAUCCGCACAACUUCUUCAGCCGCUGCAUGUGUAAACGCGAUGGGGGACAAACUUCAACCGGCCCCAACUUUUGGCGAGCGCUCCGGUACGUGAAGAACUCUCGGAAGCCGUCAGCAACUCCCCCACACCACUCGCAGUCGGAGUUGCGCACAGACCGGAGGCUACAAUCAGACGCCAGGUCAUAAAGCCGAAGGGCCCACUGCCAUGGUAAGAAACAUUGGGAAUCGUUUACCGAAUCUGGUGAGAUUGCAGACAAAGCAGCUGUUCCGAACGCAGAUGGCCAAACAUGCAGCAGCAGCAGCAGCAGCAGCAGCAGCAGCAGCAGCAGCAGCAGCAGCAGCAGCAGCAGCAGCAGCAGCAGCAGCAGCAGCAGCAGCAGCAGCAGCAGCAGCAGCAGCAGCAGCAGCAGCAGCAGCAGCAGCAGCAGCAGCAGCAGCGAGGAGAAAUUACAUUAACUUCCAGAUAG